AUGAAGCUGCUACAAAGUGAAAAAUUUGGACGAUGUUAUUACUUUCAAAUUAUUCGAUUUGCCCUGUCUUUGCAUGGCAAAUCUCCAGCUGCAUACCGUGAACUCAGGGACAGUGGUGCUCUCAUUUUGCCCAGUGAACGUGUCUUAAGAGACUUCAAAAACUAUUUGAAAUCCAAAGCAGGCAUAAACAUUGAGAACAUUGAUAAUCUCAAAGAGAAGGCAUCACCACUCUCUGGAAUUCAGCGCUAUGUGGUUUUGGUGAUGGAUGAAAUGAAAAUUCAGUCCAACCUUGUAUUUUUCUACAGUGAUCAAGAGUUUGCUCUGCACACAUUACCAAAGCUUUCUCUUGAUCACAUUGUACUUACGUCCUACAGCAAGAUGAAGGUGAGGUUGGCAACACAAGUCCUAAGUAAGUCUGUUGCUUUCGCGUUGGAGGAAAGUGGGAAAGAUGAUGUCACAGGUACAGCCCAAUUUUGUAGGAUGAUGAAUGAUUUCUUUGACUGUGCAAAUGUAAGGUCUCUGACUGAACAUGUCAGGAAAAGAAAUCAUCUCAUCAAACCCUAUGAAAUGCAAGAUGAUGAGAGAUUGACGUGGCUAAAGGAUGUCUUCCUGAAAUACUUAGAUGAUUGGAGAGCGAGCACCAUGCAACGAGAGGGAAAUUAUUCUGCUGAUGACAGAGGAAAGAUGUUCCUUUCACUUCAGACCUACAAAGGUUUGAAAAUUUGUGUACACUCACAUAUUGAAGCAAUUCAGUUUUUGCUUGCUGAAGGGUUUCAGUAUGUCCUCAGUGAACGAUUUAUGCAAGAUGUUCUAGAGGACUACUUUGGGCAUCACAGAGCUAAAAGUGGUCACUCAGACAACCCCACAGCCCAGCAGUUUGGGUAUAACGACCUCACCAUUGCUGCACAAAGAGACAUUGCGCCUGUUAUUAGAGGGAAUGUUGGUGGCAAGUAUGAAGAGAAAAAGUGGUUUCAGGUUGGUGAUGAACCAGUGAAAAAAAGGAGAAAACCAAAAAAGUGA